CACGUGUGAAAACCUUCUGUUUAGUGGCUGAAUGUAUACAAGGCAGAGAAAUUUUGCUUCUAGAAAGUCCACAGGUUGGCAACUCCAACAUCCGAGACAAACGUGUGUUUCACAUAUGGGCCUGUUGAUAACACUGGUCAACAGGCGAAAACCUGUCUGUUCUUCAACUGCUUUAGGGUCAUGUUGAUGAGCUGAAUCCUAAAAUCACAUUGGUUUUGCUCAAUCAGGUCAACUUUCUGAACUGUGGAGCAACAUGAGCAUCAAAAUGCAGGAUUUGUUCUCACAUCUGGAGACUCUGAUCAAUGAGUGAUGAGCAGGAGGAGAGAUUCCAUCAGGACAGAAAACAGACGGAGGAUUUUACACAAUCAAGACUAGAACUUUUCAACUCUGGUAAAGAGGCCAGUGCGGGAUGGAAGUCAGAACCGCUCAGACAGUGGAGUGAAAUCCGACUACGGUUUGGUUCUGGAGGUUCUGAGCCCGUUCUCCAGGCCUGUAGAAACUCUGGAUGGAGAUCAGUCUUAAGCAAGUGGAUGGAGCGCAAAGAAGCCCACCAUUUACUGAUAGAUAUUUCAGUUGCUCAAGAGGAAGAGUCCUCCGGUGAGCUCCGUCCCCUGAAAGUUCAUCUUUUUGACACAGACAAUCCCGUCUCCAAAUUCCCAAAUGAUCCGAGUGUCCUGGACCUCCAGAAUUCCAAACUCUUCUCUAGUUCCAAUGGUCCAGACUCUAUAUCCAGUUACCUGAACCGCAGCGUGUCCCUGAGCCUGGGUCCGGUCUCACGCAGAGGCUUCCAGCUCGGCUUCUCCUACACAGGAGAGUGUGUGUUCAUCGCUUCCAUCAGAGUGUAUUACAAAGCAUGUCCUGAAGUCGUCUCCAACCUGACGUCGUUCCCGAAGACGGCGGCCGGCUCAGAGCCGGUGAGGGGUCGCUGCGUGGCGGGCGCUGUGCAGUCGGCCCCUCCUGUCAGAGAGUGCGGCCUGGACGGAGCGUGGAGCUCACAGCAAGGCGGCUGCUCCUGUGGGCCGGGCCUGGAGGAGAGAGCUCACACAUGUGAAGCCUGCAGGAUCGGCUACUACAAACCCACCAAUGGGGGAGGAGAAUGCCAGCUGUGCCCACCAAACAGCAUGACCCCCAGGGAGGGGUCAGAGAGCUGUGAGUGUCUGCAGGGAUUCAGCCGCCUGCCCUCUGACCCCCAUGACCUUGGCUGCAGUAAGCCGCCCUCUGCUCCUCUAAAUCUAACAACCAGGACUGUUAACGACUCGGUGCUGGUCCUGAAAUGGGACAGCCCCCACGACCGGGGAGGCAGGACGAGCGUAAAAUACCAAAUUAAGUGUGAAAAGGCAGCAGAGAUGGGCAGUCAGUGGGAGCCGUGUGGGAACCAGGUGCGUUUCCUGCCAGACUCUGAUGGACUGAACGACACGUCGGUCACCAUCCUGGGACUGAACCACCAGCUUGACUACAGACUGUCAGUGCAGGCCUGGAAUCACGUCUCCUCUCUGCAACCAGCAUCACAUUCAUCCACUGCGACUCUCAUCAUGCACAGAAGCAGGACUGUGGUGAUCACUGGGGCUCCUGCGUCAGACGGCUCAGCUGGAGGAACCGCUCCGGCUCCAGGUCCAGGUCCAGGUCCGGGUACGGCUCCGGCUCCGGGUCCGGGUACGGCUCCGGCUCCGGGUCCGGGUCCGGGUACGGCUCCGGCUCCGACUCACAGGUCGUCCCUGUUCCACUCCACAUGGCUCACAGUCGUGGUUUUGCUCAGCACUGUGUUGCUGACAGCUGUGGUCUUUGUCGCCAUGUACUUCUUACGCAAAAACUACACUAAGCUCAGGUCAGAACCGGACCAUGAAAUGCAGCUCCUCCCAGGGAACGCUCACAUCUCCUACCAUCCACCACGCAUUCCAGAGACCGGAGCUCAGCUGCCUCACAAUCAGCAAGGGGCAGCCCAGCUGCUGGAGGGGCUUGGUGGACGCUUGUUGGACAGUCUGAAGGACGUCUUGGUGGAAAGAAACCAACUGACCCUGGGCAAGGAGCUGGGCAAAGGAGAGUUUGGGUCGGUGUAUGAGGGGAUCUUCACGCCGCAGGCUGGUGCUGACAUCAGGGUGGCUGUGAAAACCAUGAGAGUUGGAAUCCACAGCCAGCGGGACUUGGAGGAGUUUUUGAAAGAGGCUGAGAUAAUGAAGAACUUUGAUCAUGAAAACGUUGUCAGGCUGCUUGGUGUCACUUUAAAGAAGGAGGAAGAUUCUCCUGUUCCUGUUCCUCUGGUCAUCCUGCCUUACAUGAAACAUGGAGACCUGCGACGCUUUCUCAUUGCUACACGCUAUGGGGACAUUCCAAUGUUUGUUCCCUUCCAGACGCUCCUGCGAUUUAUGAUAGACAUCGCAGCGGGGAUGGACUAUCUGAGCACAAAGGGAUUUCUGCAUCGGGACCUGGCUGCACGCAACUGCAUGCUGGGGGAUGAUCUUCACGUCUGUGUGGCCGACUUUGGCCUCUCUAAGAAAAUCUACAGCAGCAAUUACUACCGUCAGACAGUCGCUGUCCGUGUGCCCAUCAAGUGGAUGGCCAUUGAGAGCCUGUCUGAGUCUGUCUACACAACCAAAAGUGAUGUGUGGUCAUUCGGAGUAACUAUGUGGGAGAUUGUGUCCCGAGGAAAGACUCCAUAUCCUGCUGUCCACAACUAUGAACUGCUGGACCUGCUGCUGUCAGGACACAGACUCAAACCGCCUGCAGAGUGUGACGAGAAGCUCUACGAAAUCAUGAAGAGCUGCUGGGACUCAGAGCCGCGGCUGAGGCCAGACUUUAGCAAUCUGCUUGACGAACUCAAAGGUCUUCUGUCUAAGCUCCCGGUUCUGGAAGCCUGCGAGGAGGAAAGAUACAUCAACCAAGGAUUAGAUGCUGCGUCUGCUGCUGCAUCUGAGGAUCCUCAGACGGACUCUGGAGGAAGACAUGAGAAUGCCUACCUGUCUUCUCCUGUGGGUGCAGAAGGAUGUGGAGCUGUGCCACACUGAUCACAUCCGUUAUUCAGACUUAAAUACUGUGUUACUGUUCAGAUGUCUUUAAUCUGGUUUAGGAUCCACAGGGACUGGAUCUCGAUUCUAACCUAGAAGCAGGAGACGGGCAACCAGUCCAUAUAAGACCAACAGACCUACAGUACAUGACAAACAAUCUUCAACAAUCCUUAUUCUGAUAUAUUUGCUGUUUUCUGUUGUUUUUACCAUAAUGUCACAAAAGGAAGCAGUGUGUGUGUGUGAUAUGUUGGUGCGCUUGCAGUUAACUCAAAUGUGUUGAAUUGAUCUAGAAGAUUAGAAAGUCAUGAUAUGAUUAUUUCAGUCUUCCCAAUUUGUUUUAAGGCAAUGUAAUCCUCUAGGUGAACUUUUGACUUCAUCCCUAAUGACCUUGAAACAAGAAAUCUUCAGUGUAAGAAACUGACAGUAAGAAAACAGGUUAUAUAUCGUUAUAUAUCUGUUUUAUGAAAUAUGUCGAUAUUUGGUUCCAACUUUACACAGCACCUGUAAAAAGGAGGAUCUACCAGGUGUGAAGACCAGCCACCAAUGUUUACAAAAACUCUCUGGACAUAUACAUUAUGCAUUGGUAAAAUGGAGAAUUCUUCCCAAAUCCAGCCAGCUUUCACGAGGGUCUUAUCAACAUGUGGCAGAAGGAAACUGGAAUUGAACCUACAACUUUCAGAUUGCAAGACUCUUUCCUUGGAGCCACAGUGGCAGUGUCACAUGUGAAACUUUUUUUAUGUACAUUUUAAUAAAACAUUGAUAUUAUUGAAAAGUU